AAAUAUUCAUAUACGUGUACGUCAUACGCGUACUAUUCAUGAUUCUGUCGAUUUCAACGCCAACGUAAUGGAUUGCACAUCCAAUCCAACUUCCAAGUUUGUGUAAAUUGUAAUUUUUCAAAAUGUUGUUUUGCCCAACAUGUGCAAAUGUCUUGGUUGUUGAGGAAGGACCAAAGUGCCUGAGAUUCGCUUGCAAUACCUGUCCAUACGUUCACAACGUGACCCGAAAACUCGCCAAUAGAAAAUAUCCACGUCUGAAAGAAGUAGAUGAUGUCUUAGGCGGUGCAGCAGCAUGGGAGAAUGUCGACUCAACAGCUGAAAAAUGCCCUAAGUGUGAACCGAGGGCCUAUUUCAUGCAAAUGCAGACUCGUUCUGCUGACGAACCAAUGACCACCUUCUACAAGUGCUGUUACCAACAAUGCGGACAUAGAUGGAAUGAAUGACGGACCAGGAAGUGAUGUCAUGUUAUUUGAAUAUGAACAAACAUACAGUUCUGGCAGUGCAGGCAUUGCUAGACUGAGCAGGAUGUGAAGCGGUUGUAAGGCUUUAUGGAAAUAAUCUGUCAUCAUCUUGUGAAUUGAACUCCUUGACUGUUAUCUAACUCCCCCAAAAUGUGUUUGGAAAAUCAAGUUUGAAUGAUUAUCUCUCUUGUUAUGCCAUAACCAUCGCUAUGUUUAGUAUCAUUGGAACGUGUGUUUAAACCUGUUUAAAAUGAUACCCCAUUUGUUUACGGACUUAACAAUCAUGGAAUGUGCAUUCAAUAAAAAUAAGGGGCAAGGUGAAAAGUCAAAGUUGCAAAAUGCACUGCUCUUGUUCGGCUGUGCAUUCUUUCUUAGAAGAGUAAAGGGCUGCUAUGUAGUGUGCUACAUAACAAUACCAGUGCUUACCAGUGCAUUUUGCAAGUUUACACUUUUGACCCUGCCCUUUAUUACGAUGUACUGCUCAUUCCAUGACUGCAGAUCAUGAUAAAUAUGGUAUCAUUUUAAAGAGUAAUAAACAUACUGGUACUUUCUAAUGAUACUAAACAAAGCAACAGUUGUCCCAUGAGAAGAUUUUUGUUAUGUAGUAUUCUCUAUUGUAUCAUGCAACUUAUUUCAAAUUGCAAUACAUAAAAUAUAGAGUGCACAAUAUAUACACAACUCAAUUUUUUUGAAUGAAUAAAUCUUAUCUGUCAUCAUCUAAGAGAGAUAUAAUCGAUCGAACUUGAGUUUCCAAAAUGUUGUUGAUGGUUAGUGAACAUGAUACAUCUGACCAGGAACUGUGAGUUUAGAUCCAGAAGGAUCCAA